AUGAGAAGAUCGCCAUACUAUCAGCUGGAAUUAUUGCAUGAAUGGAGACUUCAGCAAUAUCGUCGCAGUAUCGUUCAAACUAAACAAGACAACUCAAACUUAAUUGAAGAGAAAUUCGGCCAGAAGGUGAAAUCAGAAGAGUUCAAACGAUGGAAACAAUCUCACGGCCUUCAAGAAGAAAUCGGAAACCUCCAACAAGAUUCAUCGAUGAGACCUUCGACUACUCAAUGGCCAGGAGGAAUCUGA